GACACUGCUGGGCGCCGGGGAGGGCAAGGCUGAGGGUGUUGCACCCAGCACACUGCAGGGGGGACAUGGGAGGGUCUUUUCCCAUCGGCACCUCCCCAGAGCCCCGGGAGAAGCCGCUGUGCCCCUCCUGGCUUCCUGCGACUCGGUCUGGGCAUUCCCUGCCUCCUUUCCCGAGCGCUGCCUCCUUCCCUGCCUGGCCACUGCCUGCAUCCCUCCCCGGGCAUCCCCUGCAUCCCCGCCUGGGCAGAGCCUCCCUUCCCUCCGCGGGCUCUGCCUGCAUCACUCCCGAGCAUCGCCGCCUGCAUCCCCGCCUGAGCGGUGCCUGCCUCCCCCCGGGCGCUGCCUCCAUCGCCGGCACCGCCCGCCCCGUGCCCCGGCCGGGCUCCCCCGCCGCCGCCCGGCCCUUCGGUAUCGCCGCGCCGGGCCGGGCCGGGCCGGGGCUCUGCAGCGGGGCCGCCCGCCCCGCUCCGGGCUCGCCGCAUGGCUCCGCCGCCCGCCGGGGCGCCGCCGGCCCGGGCCGCUGCUGCCAGGUGCGCCCGGGGUGCCUUUGGGAUCUGACCAUCUCCUCCUUGGCCUGGCAGUGACAGGGGAAAUGCAUCCUGAAUGGGGCUGAGGCCCCCUGCGUGGGAAUAUGCAGCCUCGGCACCGCAGGGGCAGCAGCAGGGCAGCGGCCGGCGCGCGGCGGCAUGGUGGCAACGGUCAAGAUCGCCGUGCUGGGAGCGCAGGGCGUGGGCAAGAGUGCCAUAGUGCGGCAGUUCCUCUACAACGAGUUCAGCGAGGUCUGCGUGCCCACCACGGCCCGGCGCGUCUACCUGCCCGCCGUCGUCAUGAACGGCCACGUCCACGACCUGCAGAUCAUGGACUUCCCCCCCAUCACCGCCUUCCCCGUCAACACCCUGCAGCUUCGAGUACAUCAAAACCAUCCGCCAGCAGAUCCUGGAGACGAGGGUCAUCGGCACAUCCGAGACCCCCAUCAUCAUCGUGGGCAACAAGCGGGACCUGCAGCGGGGCCGGGUGAUCCCGCGCUGGAACGUCUCCAACCUGGUGAAGAAGACGUGGAAGUGCGGCUACAUCGAGUGCUCGGCCAAGUACAACUGGCACAUCCUGCUGCUCUUCAGCGAGCUGCUCAAGAGCGUGGGCUGCGCCCGCUGCAAGCACGUCCACACCACCAUCCGCUUCCAGGGCGCCCUGCGCAGGAACCGAUGCACCAUCAUGUGAGCCCCCCCGGCCCCCGUGGACCCCUCUGGCCGUGCCGUCGUGGCCAUCCAUCCUUGGGGACCGCGGCUCCCCGGUGUCACCGCCCGAUGGGGGUGAUGCUGUGGUGGAAGCGGUGCUGGAGGCACCUCGGGGUUUGCUGCCCCGCCAGCGCUGGUACCCUGCGGUGACAUAUGGGGACAGUGCACCUUGGACAGGGUGAUGCCAUGGGCAGGAGGGUGGCCGGGAUGCCUGGAGAGAGCAAGGGGUGAGGGAGGACCAUGGUUAAACUGAGCCCUCCCCAGGC